AUGUUCCAAGUCCUAGUCACAUUGUCCGUCGCCGUGGUGGCCAGUGCCCAAAUCUGCUGUGUGCCGAAACAAUGGGAGGGUGUCCAAGGAAACCUUUUAGCCAUGACAACAGAUAAUGCCGCGCAACCAACUAUUGUGUCGUCAUCCUAUCUGAUUUCGUACGAUGCCACAAACAAACGUGUUGCUACCAUUCAAUCUGUCAGCAGCGGCAACUACACCAACUCUGCUGGAGUCAUUCUUGACUAUGCCGCGGGCAUUCAGUACACCGUCCAGGGACCCAAGUGUACAAAGACCACUCUAGGAGUUUUCGUGGAAAGCUGUAUUCCCUCUGAUGCCCAUAAAGACGGAGACACAUACUACGGCGCUUUUACACCAAUCAACGUAACCGCAUACUCUUACGUUAAAAACGGUUUCCAAGUGUAUUCAACUAUGACAACCGACACAUGCGCACCAGUACAAGAAGUUGUUUAUGGGGAGUUUGAAGGCAGUCGGUACAUGCAGUCCCUCGGUUACAGUAAUAUCACUCCCGGUAUCAAGGACCCAAUGGUAUUCAUGCCCCCAGAUUUCUGUGAUAAUGUCCCAGUAAUCAAAACAAAUUUGCCUACUAUGCCAUUGUUUUGA